ACGAGAUGAAAUAUGGCGGCUUAUUUUCAAAACAAAAAGAUAGUCGAUGAAGAAAAAUAAUGAAUCAUUAUGACAAACAGACAGGUUUGGUUCUCUCUUCCUAUUGAUCCUUGGAUUGAAGACAACUGUGAAGAGUUCUCUACCAGGUCAUUAGAAAGUCAGUUCUCCGUGUCCAGUUUAUCCCAGCAGACCACUAGAUCAAGGGAAAUAAACCGACUGAAUUACUGCCAAUCCAUAAACCAAGGACCUGUCCCUCGGCUAAAUCUAAACCUUCAGGAAAAUACACACAGCAUUCACACAUUUAAUCUAUCAGCCAGGAGUUCACUAUCUGCAUAUUCUGAUCGGCUUUCCCAGGUGUCUAUAGAAUUAGAAUCAGCAUCUUUGUCACAGAUUUCUUUAGAAGACACAAAUAGUUCUAAUUAUCAUAGUGUAGAGGGACUGGAAGUUACAAAGGUCAAAGAUAUCCAUCAUGCCAAUGACGCGGGUGUAAAAUAUACAAUAAACAAUAUGGAAAACAAUGGUAGAUCAUCCAUAGAUUCUGGGGCAAUGAAUCAGACGGGAUCUACUAAUGACAGUCAUAACGGGGAUUCCAGUCGGGCCUCUCCACUCCGCGGAUUAUCUUCUGAUGAAGGAUCUGGAUGGAAAUCAGAAACAACAGAGAACUCGGAUGGUAAUCUUAGUCUGUCUCAGUACGCUAUCGGCGGGGACCACUCGGAAGAGGAUUCACCCCAGAACAGUGUCCAGGAGGAAUUCUUAACAUCAGCCAUCUCAGAGGUCUCGAAGGACUUCAUUUCGGGUAACUUCUCCCCCUCAAAAUACCCAGGGGCCUCGGCAGAAAGUGACAGCUUGUCAGACGGGGAUAAUCAGGGGCACCUGUCCGGCGCUGUAUACGCCCGGUAUCCAGAGUCUGCCACCGGAAUGUCAGACUGUGAAUGGAAUCCCUACGCCACAGAAUCCGAUACGAACCACACACCACGAUCGAAUGCCAGCGAAGCAAUUACAGCUUCCGCUGCAAUUCCCACUAUCGCUCCAUUGAAAGACAAUGAAUUUAUGGCUAAAGAAGACAGACUUGAAGAAAUUUAUGCCCAACAACUUUCAAGGAACAAUUCCUCUACCAAGAGAAACUCACCACCGAGCCCUAGUGCUAAGUCCUCAGAUUCAGGGAAUGGGAGUGUCAAGUCCUCACUGAAAGAGGAGGACCUGAGUCAUCACCAGCCGUCUGCAUCCUACGUUCUCUACUCCACAGAAGUCAAGUCCACAAGUUCUCAGGGGAAGAUAUCAGCAUCAGAGAGUGAUUCCACAGUGAGGGCCUCUGAAGGGUCCAGUAACUCGGACUCAGACAAGUUAUCAUCUAAUUCAUUUAUUCCAAUUAGCUACAAAGCUUCAAAGUCAGAUUCUCAAGUACCUCAUCAGAGACCAGAGCCACUUGGAGGCCGGUCUGAUGAAUGUUUAUAUGCCAAGAGGACAACCUCUUGUGACCCAGUCAGGGCAGCAGUAUCAAGGGGCGGGUCAGACUUCAGAAUGACAGAUUCUGAAGGAUAUCUACCUGUGGAUGAAAGAAGUAAAUUGUUAAGCAAACCACAAUCUUUUGAUCCUCCCAUGAAAAAGUCAGAUCUCCAGACAAAGUCACAGGGUGGUAGAUCUACAGAACCGCUAGAUGUUUCUCAAGGUUUGGAGGAAGAUGCUUUAUCCCAGAGAGUAGCAAAACUGUUGAACAGUGCUAAUGAGCUGGGUUCAUCUCUUCAUCAGAGUCUCUACAGCAAAGAGGCACUGGGAAUGAGUGACCGGGAAGACUUCCCAAAGUACAAGUUCUCUCCUGUACGUUCCCAGUACCCAGGACUGUCCACACCUAGCCCAACCAUGGGAAACUCUACUCAGGAAGAUCUGACAAAGUCGGCAAAAUCAAUGGCAUCUGAUGCAAGUCUGAGGUCAUCACUAGGAGAAGAAGUUGCCAAGCUUCUUGCUCGCACAGAAAACAUUCCUGGUAAUAAACACAGUGAAGACGUGUCUGCUGCUAGUGAACCAAGCAGUAAGACAUUUAUACCAAUUCCUCAGGAAACUCAGGCUGACAUUGAGCCUAACAGUAGAAACAAGAAAACUGCAGCAAAUGGACAUGCCAGGCACGAGUCAGAGGACAGUCAGAAGUCAGAGGAUUCACUGGACCAUAAAGUAAAGGAGAUAUUACAGAGAACUUCUUAUGUGGAGAAGAAGCAGGUCCCAAGAAAGGUCGACCCCUCGGCCCUGGAUUACUCACGUUUACAGAAAGAUCUGCAAGAGAUUCAGAACAGUCUUCCCGUCCAUCUCAAUCAGGACAACUCUCUGGAUGUGACAGGAGAAAAAGAGACUUUUGGAGAUAGCCUCAAAGUCAGUGAAAAGUCUUUUGUGUCGGAGGCCGAGAGUGCACAAAGUGGUGGAAAGAAACUUCUGUGGGACCAUGGAGCAGACCUAGGGUAUGAAGACAGUGAAAGAUUUCUGGGAACGAUGAAAUCAGAUACAGAGACAAUGGAGGCUAGUCCUGGAUCAGUCAAUAGAAGCUAUGAGUCCUCAGGAAAAUCCAGCCAGAAAACCAAGGAUGAGAGCACAGAGAAGGAUGACACUUCAGACGUAGUGUCUGAUCAGCUAGAGGUGGAGAUUGAUGAAAUUCGUAUUGGUAAUGUCGCACCAGAUGUUGAGGAGAUCAUUGCAAAGUACCAGAAGAAGAGUGGGCCUGCCUUAAUGGAGCCUCAGUUUGAGGAGGAUACAACAGGACUAGCCAACAGAGUUUUCCAAAUCCUGACCACAGAUCACCCACAAAAACAGGCCACAGGGAUACUGGAGAGGGUUGUCAAGGAGGAGGGAAAACUCAUCCAAAAAAUGGCGGAACUUCCAAAACUGGAUUCCAGUUAUGAUGGCUAUAAUCUACCCUCAGCAGACAGCAGCUUCGCUCCGAGGGAUAAAGAUAUCAGAAAACAGCUGGAGUGGUCCGAGAUGAGUUCCCUGGACUAUGGUCACCCCGACAAGACUGGACUCUCAGAGAUGUCAUUUAAGACUGGCCUGCCCUUCAGUGCCCUUGGAAAUGCUAAGACAUUCCUGUCAUCUCAGUUACAGAAAAUGUCUGACCAAACAUUUAAUCACAGCAUUGAGCUGAGAACACCAUACAGGAAUGUGGUAGAAUGUUACACUGUGUAUGGCACAGAGCAGAAAGGAGCCUCAAAAGAGGCAUGGCCACCAGAGGAUAAGCAAGGGAGGCAAUCUGAGACAGGGCAAGGGAGAGAACCCCGCGCUGAUAGAAACAGAAGGGAAAUAGAUCCAUUGUCAAACGAGAGGUUUUUCCUUAACUCUUUGGACACUACUCCUGUAGAGUUAAGGCCGCGUCGCUAUAGUGACCCUAGAGAGCUCUCCCCAGAGGGGUGGAGAAGCAGGGAAGGCCAUAGCAGAAGUAAAUCUGAGGAUAGCAAGUCCAUCUUACCAGACAGUGACCUACAAAGGGACAUGUCACGACCCCUGACCUCAUCAAGUAGCAUAGGAGGAGCCCGACCCAAGAACAUGUUGUCCUCAGGCCAGAGAUUGGAGGGACACUCGGAUGGUACUCCCCCCAUUGGUAGAAGAAAGCCAUACAAACCUAAGCUGAAAGACUCCAGUCCUGGGAGCGGGAUGUCCCCAGGGGAUUCCGAUGUCAGUAACUCUAGUGCAUCCCAUCGUAGAGAUGGACCCAAGCUAAGACCAUACAGGUCUGUUAUUUACUCUUACAUUUUACUCUAUAAUAUUUUGACAGGCCCCCUGGCGGACAGUGUCACCACACUGGAAAGUACACACACAGUGUCACUCAGGCGAGUUUUACGGGGCACUAGAACUUCCCGUAUCCGAGGCUCUGAUGAUGCAGUGGGUCCUUACAUUCCUUCCCAACACCUAGGAAGCAGACAGGAUGGUCCCAGAUCCUCUGGUAUCUAUGGUAACCGGAGUAAUUUGGAUGUCGUUGAGGAUGCUCUGUCAACAAUUGAGGAGAAAUCCAUUUCUGAUGACAGAGAGCGAGCCAUGAGUGACCUUGCCAAUCCUUUAAGUGACUUCUACAAACGAGAUAGUGGUCUAGAACACAGCUCUAGGGUCCCCAUGGCAACAGACAGAGCUCCCUCUGUUGGUAGUGAUCACUUCUCUAACAGGAGUGGUUCAUCUAGGGCUAGCAAUCAUCUGCAGAGUCAUGACCAGUCCACUGGACUCCAUUCCAGUCAGCCCCAUAGUUCUGAGGGAGGCCGUAAUUUUGAUAAUUUCUAUGAAGACAGUAGGAUGUCCAUGACAACGCGAUCAGAUCCUGGUGACCAGUUUGCUACUCCCCGACGUGUGCGUGAUGUUUCAACAAUUUCGGGUCAACAGGCACACAUCAGUAGGGAGAACAGCAGUGAUAACCUUGUUAAAAGUAAGUCAAGGUCAGAAACUGACCUUGUGGCGAUGAGUCCUGAGGGAAGGCAGAUUUCCUCCUCUCCCGCUUCCCGUGGAAGACUGAUGGAUAUGUCUGCCCAGCCAUCACCCAUCUUGUCUUAUCCAAAUUCUCUUAUCUCUCCUGCGUUUCAAGGAGCAGUGAGAGAGUUAAAUGAGGCAGACAAAAUUCUAAAUCAAAUAUUUGGCCCUGAAAGCAAUAGUGACUUAUUAGAUACUAAUGGAAGGAAAGGAGGUUCAGAUAGAGAAUCAGAUAGAAAUCCCAUGGUGAGAGAUGUUCCAUACUCAUCUAGGAGGCCAGCAGAGGAUGAAUAUAGCAGAACUAAUGUACAGAGUAGACAACCUCAAGAAGAGGUGAGGAGAAGAGAAGAUUAUGGAAGUAGAAGGUCUCCAGUUGAUGACUAUAGCAGAGGAGCUGUAGUGCAAGGGAGACAACCACCAGAAGAGAUUAGCAGAAGAGAAGAUUAUGGAAGCAGAGGACAGGUGGAUGAUGUAAAUGAGAGGAGGAGAGAUAGAGAUGAUGGAAGACCAUUAGAAAGAAGGUCAGGUGAUGAUAGGUUGCUUUCUGAAGAUAGAGGAAGAAAGAGCCCAGGAGAGAGACCAGAGGAAAUUCAGCCUGAGUAUGUCAGAUCCAGGCCACAGGGAGAGGAGGUCUAUGAAUACACCAAGAAAGAAGACAAACUGGACCGAGCCACUCCCAACCAGUACGACAGUCUGGGAGACAUCAUGAAGCAGUACCAGAGUCGGCCCCUGGAACCAGGCCGGGAGUCACUGGACUACGACUCCAGACCCAGGUCCACAGACCCAGGGAGAGAUGGGUACACCGUUAGUGCUGCCUCAACUCGACCAGCUUACUACCCAUCCAGAGGAAACAUUGGCUCAAGGUCUGACCGGUUACAGGAUGUAGACAUUCCAAGAACAUCAGCCUACUCAAGGCCAAUAGAAGAUGAUAACAUAAGAUUGGACAGAAGACAGGAUACAGAAAUUCCUCCAAAAUCUUCUUAUGCAGUGGAGAGUAGCUACAGCACUCGACCAGCAGAGAUUGUAUCUAGUGAGAACAUUGCUCAAGACAGACCUAGGUCAUUUGAGAGUCGACCACUUGAACCAGGAUCUGAUCUGUAUCAAUCAAGAGCUGCAGUGGAAUCAUCCGGCUUCUAUAGUGGGCGCAGUGACAGUGAUAAGGAAUACAAGAGAGUUUCUCCACUAGAACCAGGUCGUGGCUUAGAAAGCAGAUCUUUGGAAACUGGAGGUGACCUUCUGUACAGAUUGGGGAGAGAAGAUACAUUAAGUCAGCCCCUAGAACCGGGGAGAGGUCUAAUCAGUCAGCCAUUGGACAUGGUUACUGAUUUACCUUACAGAUCUGGAAGUGACCUUUACCAACAGAAAUCUGUCACGGACCAUGAUCCUUACAAAUCUUCUUCAGCUGAUCUCCUGGAGACAGUAACCAGGCAAGCACUAGAUGAUGUGUCAGCUAACCAGGAAAGGCCAAAGGUUGACAAACAUGAUUAUAUUGAAAGAGAGAGGGGGCGGUCUCUGGAUAGGGGUCAGGAUUAUUUGGACAUGUUUAUACCACGGGCCAUAGACAGAGAAACAAGAAGAGAUUGGUCUGAUGAGAGAAGAUCUGAGGGUCAAAGGUCAAGGGAAAGGUCAUCUGAAAGACUGAAUAGGUCAAGGUCACCAGCAAACAAAAGCAGUGAGAAGGAGCUGAGGGAAUAUGUAGUAGAUGGGGAAAUUUUCACUGAACUUCCACAGGUUCCAGAUGAAGAGUUUGAAGAUAUGGUGAGGACAGAGAGGUUAAAGGCAAAGAAAGAGCUUGAACUAAUGAGAAAAAUGAAGAGACCCAAAGGCCACAUUUUAUCUGAGGAAGAGGAGAAGGAAUUUGGGGCUGAAUUUGACAGUGUCCCACCCAGCAAGAAAGCCCAGGCCCUCAGAGAAACCCUAGAGAGAGACAGAGAUCCCUCCCUCCCCGCCAACAUCAAUGACCUGUGGAAGAAAUUCCAGGAGAUGAACGAGACACAGAGUGACAGCAGCAUGAACACAUCACGGAUGGAGACCCUGACCAGUCUGCUGCGGAACCCAACAAAGCAUGUGGUACAGAGGGCACUAGAUGACCGAACGUACCAAAAGGUCAAGGAGAGGAGGGUGGUACAGGAGCUUGCGGACAUGGAGCUAGAGAGCCAGGGGAAGGAGGGGGACAGCAGGCCAAGAGAGGGGGAGAAGUGGAGGAUGGAGAAGCAGAAGAGACGACAGACACUGAGUGAAGAGGAGAGCAACGGGAGCUACGCAGAAAUCCUGGCAAAGCAGAAGAAAACGGCAGAAACAGAAAAGAGACAGAAGAAUAAGGAAAACAAGAUGAAGGGUAGUAAAAGUGUCCGAGUUCAGGAUGUGAAGAAGUGUGAAAGUGCUGAUACACUGUACUCUAUCCCAGAGGACACAAGCUUCGAGUCCAGUAGAGGAGCAUCACCCAGUGUACUGACAGAGUCCCAGAAGAAAGCCAAGAAGCACAGACAGAAGAACGUGAUUGAUCCUCUGAUGGUGAAACUCAAAGAAAAGGUGGAGACUCAGAAGAACAAGAUAGAUGUGGAGAGGAGAAAGGAGAUGAAGAGACUGGAGAAACUGAAGAAGCUGGAGAUGUUACUGGGAGCAAAGAAGAAAGGGAAGCUUUCUGACAAGGCCAUCUCUGCAGAGCUGGAGAACGUCUCUACAACCUCAGUUCCACAGUCAGAUGAGUCGUCCACAUUCCUGCCUUCAGAUUCCACUCUGAUGGAGGAUUCAGGUGAUUCCACCCGGCCAGUUCUUGACUCAACCUCUUCCAAAGACAGCAGCAUAGAGCUACAGAGAACUCGUGUCAGGAAAUCUAAGGACAACAGGGACUUCCAAAAAUCGUCAUCUGCUGCCAUUCUUCUGGAAGAUUCUGAAUCUCAGAGUGAUAUUAUUGUAAUCCGUAAACCAAAGACAAAGCAAAAGAAAGAUAAAUUGAAUGAUGAAGUUGGGCAUAGGUCAAGAGAUCGCAAGAAACAUCGAGACGAGGAGUUAUCUUCUGCCAGAGAGAAAUUUCAUUUGGAGACUUCCCCUGUUAGGACAAGGAAAUUGAGAGACAUUGGUACUAUGUAUCCCUCCCCAAUUGUAGUCAGUCCACCAACAAUGAGGAGAAGACCCAAGGAGGUAGCUAUGAAAUCUGAGGCUGUACAGACAACAGGGAGGAAUGCUUCCCCGUCCUACAGUAACACCAUGGUCAUUCCUGUCCCCCUCAUGUCACCAGAGAGUCAGAGGAAAUCCAAGUCUGCCCGCUCCUCCAGGGUGGAAAAACAUCACAGUCAGAAGGGACCACAUCAAGAGUGGUCUCCAGACAGGUCAAGUCUGAGUCAUCGGUCGUAUACCCCUCCCAGAGCAAAGUCACCCUCAUCCAAGUUGUCUGGUGGACAGAGAGUCAAGUCAACUUCUCCUGGGACACAGUUCACGAGUCAUCAGAGAAUUGGGUCCACUUCUCCCCCCAGAUCCAGGAUGUUUGUCCCUGAGUCAGACUCUGAGUAUGAGAAGUUUAUAAUGAAGACUCCUCCCAAAAAUAAGAUGUUUACCCCGGAGACCCCAGAGGAUGAGUAUGCUGCCAGAAUGAGGGACAGUCCACGAGGCAUGGCUUGGUAUAUCCCCAUGGAUAAGGAGGUCAAACCAUGGAGAAAGCCACUUAAAGAGCAGCAGGCUCAUGCUGUGCGUAACGAACCAUGGCAACCCAAGAAUGUCAGCUCCAGCCAAUGGAAGAACAUCGUGAACUCGGAUAUCAUGAACAAAUCCCGUGACACCAAGUUUGAUCUUAACCCCGAGGGGGAACCGAUUGAGAACAAGGAGAAUACAAUGGAGGAAUCGGACGAUGAUAAUUCAGAGUCAAAGCCCCUCAACAAAAUGUCUCUACAGGAGGCCUUUAAGCUCUACAAACAGAACACAAUUUCCCACGUCCGUGAACGCCAGAAGCGAGUUACCCUGGCAACAGAGGAACGCAGACUGGUGACGGCCAUGGAGGCAGAGAGAGAACGACUGUUUGCCGAGCAGAAAAAGAAGGAGGCAAAUCCUGACGCACACCCGUAUAGUGAAAAUCUCCAUGUUCCAAAGAGAGAGAGAGAGAGGAGAGAGAUAGGGACUCUUACAAAGCAAGAAAUAAAAGAACGUACUAAAAAGUCAUACAAAAAACUUGCUGAGGUUGUGGAGAAAAAGAAAGAAGAAAAACGUCAGGAAGAUUAUGCACUGAACAGACUGAAGGCUAAGGUGUUCAACAGGAGAAUACAAAGGCAUGUUUUGAAGAAGAGUGCAACCUUGAGAUAAAAUGGCAGCCACUUUUUUGUUCCUUGUGGAAUUAUUGUCUGUGAUAUUGACUUUUGUCAAUGAAAUUCCCUGACAUUCAUAGUUAGAGGAUGGACUUCUAUAUGUUAUAUAGUGCCUUAUGUCAUAUUGAUAUUUAACGAAUUACACUUACUCUUAGCUAGAUCAUUAAUUAGGGAGUGAUUCUGAAAUCUUAAUAUCUUAUUUUUAUUGGUUAGAUAAAUAAACAGAUUUCUUAAUGUUUCUAUGUCUUGUCAAUUGACAUUUAUAAAAAAAAAAUUGUAUUUGUGCCGUUUUGUUCAGUGGUGGGGAAGUACAAUAAUAUGUCAGGAGUUGUCUGUUCUUUAUGGUAUUAGUAUUGUCAAGCAUUAAACAUAAGAUAUGGUAAUUCACUAAAUGCUAGGAUUAACGCUAGUAUUUGUUCACACCUACAUGUAUUUUAUUCUGGACUUAUGAUCCAAUAUU